AUGCCAUUGGUCACCUUGGGGCCGACAUCCGUGACCCGGCCGCAGGACAAGGUCGAGCUGGCCGAGGAGUACCGCAGCGUGUCGACCCUCUCGCGUUUUGGCACCUCCCAGGACGUGCGCGGCAGCCGGCAGACGCCGGUGCACGUCUCCACCACGCGCGAGUACACGCAUUCGCUCGGCGGUGAGGCGACGGAGCGCUUCACCGAAGGCAAGUCGGGCGCGUUGCUCUUCCUGCUGGAGCGCGCCUUCUUUUACUUUACGCACGACCGCCGGUACAUCAUCAAGACGGCGAGUAAGGAGGAGUUUGCCACGCUGAUGCGCAUCCUGCCGCGCUACCACACGCACGCCAAGCGGCAUCCACACUCGCUCAUCAACCGCAUCGUCGGCGCACACGAGCUCUCGCUGUACGGGCAGCGGGUGCGCGUGAUGGUGGUCGAGAGCUGCUUCCAGGCCUCGCGCGAGGUGCACGAGCGGUACGAUCUUAAGGGCUCGUGGGUCGGGCGCGGUGGCAAGAUGCUGAAGAGCCGCGGCGACGAUUUGGACGUGCGCAGCCGCUUCCUGCUCGCCGAGGAGGACGCGCGCCGCAUCUCGCGCCACUUGCGGGAGGACGCCGCCUUUCUGAAGGCCAACAAUCUGAUCGACUAUUCGUUGCUCGUCGGUGUCACGAAGACGCGCUACGAGAUCGAGGGCGCGGCGCAGAGAAGGGACACGGCGGUGGUGGGCAGCGGCCCCGGCGACGGCGCGGCCAGCGCACCCUUCCACCGGCUGGACUCUGGCGGCCUCGCCGCCGCCUACGUCGAGGGCGCGGAGCUCUACUCGAUGGGCAUCAUCGACAUCCUGCAGGACUUCAACUUGCGCAAGCGCGCAGAGUAUCUGAUCAAACGCUUCGUCUGCUGCCAGGGCAAGGGCGUGUCGGUGCACCCCGCUGGCGAGUACGGCGAUCGCUUCGUCCGCAAUGUCGUGGAGGCGCUCAUCGAGCCGGUGCGGCUAGGCGCGGAGCCGCGCGUCAUCCGAGGCUACACUCCCGCCGGCUCGCCCCUCGGGAUGUUUGACCUCAAGCAAUCGGAGCGCCGCGUUGCGCUGGGGCGCAACCGGACGCGCGCGGCGCCGGUGGUGCCGCACCCGCAGCAGCCCCAGCCGUUCGGCGCGGAGCGGUCGGGCGUCUGGGCGCCGCCGCGGACGUCGCCGAGGCUCGUGGCGGCCGAGCUGGGCCGCCAUACCGAUGGCAGCAGCGGUGGGCUUCCCACGACAGAGCCACCGCGGGCGUUCACGUUCCCGCGCGACGGAGUGCAGGAGAGAGAACACGCGAAACCAGCAUCGGGCCAGCAGCACCAGGAGAGGGGUGCAGAUUGCUCUCCAUCAGACGAGAGGCGUUGCGAGCUGAUGUGA